AUGACAAAGAGUCCUUUUACCGGAAAGGGACAACGUGCGGAUGAACUCCUUAGUCUAAUACAUAGCGAUGUAUGCGGACCAAUGAAUACACCAGCCAGAGGAGGUUAUUCUUACUUCGUUACUUUUACCGACGAUUACAGUCGUUACGGUUAUGUCUACUUAAUGAGAAGUCCUUCGAAAUCGGUUCAGAAGACAUCAUAUGAGUUAUGGGUUGGGAAGAGUCUCAAGAUGUCUUAUCUCAGGAUUUGGGGUUGCGACAUUUACGUGAAACGCCAACUUUCCGACAAGUUAGGACCCAAAUCUGAGAGAUGUUUGUUUGUUGGUUAUCCCAAGGAAACGAGGGGAUACUACUUCUACAACCCCACUGAGAACAAAGUGUUUGUUGCUCGAGAUAGGACUUUCUUGAAUGAGAAUUCGUUUCCAAGAAAACUAGUGGGAGUAAGAUUGAUCUUGGAGAAAUCCAAGAGCCACAAACUGAAGCUGGACCUAGCGAAAUAG